AUACCCCGGACAGACCUCGACCCGGCAUAUUUUGAACCGACCUUGUCCGAUGUUCAAGCGCACCACGCCAGCGUCCUUGCACGCUCUCAUCGUCUAAACGAAGCGCCCCUCUUGACUGCCAAGUUUCGAGAUGCAGACAAAGCAGAGAAAGAGAAGAAGAAAGCGGAAAAGUGGCCAACUACUACGAUCAGGAUCAAGUUCUCAGAUGGUACGAUGAUUCAGCGUACUUUCCCCUCUAGCAGCCCUAUUCAGCCAGUGUACGAAUUCGUCAGGACAUCCCUGGAUCCAUCAGCGUCAACCAAACCGUUCGUCCUCUGGCAACCUCCACGCUUUCAUUAUCCUGAACAUCCCAUUCCUGCCAAAAAAGAGAACCCUCACAAGGCACACAUCAUCGCCCCCGCCUCUUAUGGCAAUAUCAAAGGUGGCCCGACACAGGGUCUCCAGGGUGGAACGGGUGGGAAAGAGUCUCUGUCACACUUGGGUUUGGUCCCACAGAGCGUGUUGCUCAUCAAAUGGACAGAGGACAAAAUGAACGCGAGCGGCUACAAGGCUCCCCUUCGAUCUGAUCUGCUGGAAAAAAUCGUUCCAUUACCGCCGGCUCAGCCGAAAGAGGAGAUGUCCACCAAACCGUCGCCAGCGAGUGCCUCUGCCACUGGUGCUGGGAACAGCACCGGCGAGAAGAAGAUACCCAAGUGGCUGCAAAAAGGGUUAUUAAAGAAGAAGUAGAAGAAUCCUGGUAGAUCCAGUUCGGUCUUUUCAUGU